ACGAGAAGAUGUUCAACUGGAUGGUGACCAGGAUCAACAACUCGCUGGAGACCAAGCAGCCCCGGCAGUACUUCAUCGGCGUCCUGGACAUCGCCGGCUUCGAGAUCUUCGAUUUCAACAGCUUCGAGCAGCUCUGCAUCAACUUCACCAACGAGAAGCUCCAGCAGUUCUUCAACCACCACAUGUUCGUGCUGGAGCAGGAGGAGUACAAGAAGGAGGGCAUCGAGUGGGAGUUCAUCGACUUCGGCAUGGACCUCCAGGCCUGCAUCGACCUCAUCGAGAAUGG